GACAAUAGACAAUCGAUUUCAAUUUUGAAAAAAUUUAUUAGUAUUUUCAAAUUCGGAAAAUUAUUUACAUUUUAUUUACAUAGUUGUUUUAAGUACUAUUUUUGUUAAGUUCUAUUCAAUAUUAAUCAUAUUUUUUAAAUAUUUAAUAAUGAAAAUAGAAAGAAACACUUUAUAAAUAAUUUGAAGAUAACUUCCAGACUCAAUUCAUAAAAUGCAUAAUUAUCACGUGAUUUUUCAGAUUUUUUUAUUGGUGUUUAAUUUUGCAUUUAAUCAUGGAUUUUAUGUACCGGGUGUUGCACCAGUGGAAUAUAAAAAAGGUCAGAAAAUUGACGUUAAAGCUGUUAAAAUGACUAGUAUCCACACACAACUUCCCUACGAAUAUUACUCCCUACCCCUGUGCCGACCAAAAAAUGGAACAAUUAUAUACAAAUCUGAAAACUUAGGGGAAGUAUUGAGAGGUGAUCGCAUUGUUAGCACAAAUUAUGAAAUACAUAUGGCAGAGAAUAUCAAAUGUAGACUAUUAUGUCACAAAAAAAAUGACCCAAUGAACUGGAAUGUUGAAGAAUCUGAAACAGUUGCUAGUCGUAUUGAGCAUGAAUAUUUUGUGCAUUUGCUAGUUGAUAAUUUACCAGUUGCUACAAGAAUUAUAAAUCGAGAAACAUCAGAAAAGUCUAUUGAACAGGGUUAUAGGCUUGGAUUUAUGUCGAAAGGGAAAGCUUUUAUUAACAAUCAUUUAAAAUUACUACUUAAGUAUCACAAGCAUAGUCAAGAUUCAUACAGGGUAGUUGGUUUUGAAGUUGAAACACAUUCUGUUUCCAAAGAUGAUUUAAUUUUCUUAGAGGACUCAUGCCAAUUUCCAUUGGAACCAAAGCCACAGUUAGUUAAUGAGGAUACUGGGACGAAAUUGUAUUUUACAUACUCUGUGGAAUGGGGAGAAUCAGAUAUACAGUGGGCCUCACGCUGGGAUAUUUAUUUAGGGAUGAAAGAUGUGCAAAUACAUUGGUUCUCUAUUAUCAAUUCUAUUGUGGUAUUGUUCUUUUUAUCAGGAAUCCUAACAAUGAUAAUGGUUCGUACACUAAGGAGAGAUAUAGCAAAGUACAAUUCAGAUGAAAAUAUAGAGGAUCUUAUAGAAGAGACGGGAUGGAAAUUGAUUUAUGGUGAUGUGUUUAGACCUCCACCGAAAAGAAUGUUAUUUGCUGCUGUAAUUGGGAAUGGUAUACAAGUAUUCCUUAUGGCUUUGAUUACAAUAUUCAUUGCGAUGCUGGGUAUGCUCUCACCAGCCAGUCGUGGUGCAUUGAUGACGGCAGCAAUUUUUCUCUAUGUAUUUAUGGGAUUAAUAGCUGGUUACUAUUCAGCCCGUUUAUACAACACUAUGCGAGGAAAGCAAUGGAAGCAGGCAGCUUUUUUAACAGCAACUUUAUACCCGGCGAUUGUGUUCGGAAAAUGUUUCUUCCUGAAUUUCUUUAUUAUGGGAAAACAUUCGAGCGGAGCAGUCCCGUUCUCUACUAUGAUGGCCUUAUUAUGCCUUUGGUUUUGUAUAUCUUUACCAUUGGUGUAUUUGGGUUAUUAUUUUGGGAUCCGGAAGCAACCAUUUCAGCAUCCUGUGAGAACUAAUUUCAUACCGAGGAAGGUACCAGAGCAAGUUUGGUAUAUGAAUGUACUAAUAUGUACCCUCAUGGCUGGAAUCCUUCCGUUUGGGGCAGUAUUCAUAGAGCUAUUCUUCAUCUUCAGUGCUCUAUGGGAGAAUCAAUUCUAUUAUCUGUUUGGGUUCCUGUUUCUGGUAUUCUGUAUAUUGGUUGUAUCUGUGUCGCAGAUAUCCAUUGUGAUGGUGUAUUUCCAGCUUUGUGGAGAGGAUUAUCACUGGUGGUGGAAAAGUUUUACAGUAUCAGGAGGUUCUGCUGUCUAUAUUCUAAUAUACUCCAUUUUCUACUUUUUCACCAAAUUAGAAAUUACGGAGUUUAUACCCACCUUGCUUUAUGUUGGAUAUACAGCACUGAUGGUGUUGACUUUUUGGCUGCUAACUGGAACGAUUGGAUUCUUCGCCGCAUACACGUUUAUUAGGAAGAUAUAUGGAGCUGUUAAAAUCGAUUAAAACCGGGUAAAACGCUUUAAAUUAGAAAAACAAUCGCGCCUUUACAUAAUGUCACAUAUGGUCUGUGGAAUUACCAUAAGGCCUUGAUAGAAUCCCUCACAGACGAUAUUCAAGCACAGAUUAUGAAAUAGAGUAAAUAAGGAUUGUAGUAAUUUUGCAAAUAUGUCGUGGUCGGAUCGUAGAAUUGAUUAUUUCAUGGAAUGGUUGAAUUUUGUUGAACGAUAUGUCAAUCAGUGUUUGGCUCCAUAUCGCAUACCUAAUGAUUGCAUUAGGCCAAACAUUACUUAUCGUUAAAAAGUACGAUACGAUAUAAGUUUGAUGGAAAGUCUUCAUAAAAAUUAAUAUUUUAUUAUGUAUUAUUAUUUUUUUGUUGACUAAUUCGGUUGUGACAUUUUAAGUCGAGAGCUUGGUUACGUUGUCUAUGGAUGGUAUUUAGAACCCAAUACCGUAAGGAAAAAAAUACAAAACAUUGAUGUCGAGAGACUCACACCAAAACAGCGCCUCUAACGGCGAAUAAUUUAUAAAGUAAUGUAUUUUACUUAUAUAACGGUCGUACGUUAACGAUUUAACGAUAUGAUCAAUCAUUUAAUGUAAUGAUCACUUCUAGGAAUACGCCUAAUUAGAUAACCGAAAAUAAAGCGAUGUUAGUAGUGUAUGCAUGAGAAUGAUUUAGAAAUAAGACCGUAUUCCAAAAAUAUAUUGGCUGUUAAAAAAUUUAUGCGACAUCGCACUUACGACAUUAGUACUUAUAGUAUAUUUGAAAUGGAUAGCACAGAAUACAAAACCAAUACGUUUUGACAUACGGGAGUUUAUAGCGUAGCAUAUAUGUGUCGGCUCUGAAACCUACUGUUUGAAGAUUACUGUACUAGUAUUUAGCCGAAUAAACACAUGUAUAAUAUGAAAGAAAUCAAAAAGUUCCAUAGACGAAAGAACUCCGUGCCCUCAAUUUUGGAAUACUU